AUGUAUAGCAAGAACAGUGAGUCGAUGAGUUUUGAAGGAGAAGAAUGGGAAGGAAAAGAAGUUAAAGUGCAAAACAAGAUUAAACGAAUCACGGUCUGUGAAUGUAACCCAAUAUUUGUUGGUAUUGAAUUCAUCGAAGAGUUAUACCUUCUCGGCUGUAAUUGCGACAUGCUCGGCGUUUCACAAAAUCUUACCACCCUUUCUGUUUCGGAUUUGCUUAUCACACAUCUCGUUCUACCACCAACACUCAAAAAUCUCGAGAUUGAGAACCUGAGUGGGUUGAACGAAAUAGACUUUGGAGUUGACUCAAAAUUGACACACUUUACUAUUUCGAAGGCUGGGCUCAACCAAUUGGACCUCCCCAGUUCUCUCAAAGAACUUGAAAUUGGCGAGUGCUUCAGAUUAUCUUCACUUGACAUUUCCAGUUUAACAAAAUUGUAUUUGUUCGAAUGCACAAAACUGACUUUCCUUCAAAAUUCGUCAACAAUGGAAUCACUUUCUCUCUUUGACUGUCCUUUAGCGACAUUCCCCGAAUUUUCCAAUCUCAAAACUCUAUUUCUCCAGAACGUUUCGUCGCCCCAAAUCAAUCUCCCUCACUCAUUAACUCAAUUAGAAGCAGUAGAUUGUCCUUUCACUCGUCUUGAGUCUAUUGAGAAUUGUAACUUAGUUUCACUCGACCUUUUUGACUGUAAAGUAGGAAAAAUCCGUGUUCCCACCACAAUCACCUCUUUGAAAAUUCAGUAUUGUUCAAAUAUUGAGAUAGUCAACAUGAACGAACUCAGACCAAAUCAUACACUAUUCUCGUAA